UACAAAUUCUACCUGAUGCCAAUUGCACUUUAAAUCUUAUAUUAUGUAGUCAAAACCUGAUUAAUCUGUGGUCGUUUACUAUUUUUUUUUUCAGUUGAUGGAGUUCGCCUUUACCGGUGUCUAGACUCCGCCUAAAAGGCGGAUACUUUCGCUUUACAGGCACGCUGCAUUUUUUAAAAUAAUCGCUCAUGCUUAUAAAUAAAUGUGAUCAUGUUGCAUCUGACAGCAACCAUUACACAGCGUAGGCUACAACAUGUACCGAAGAUACUGUUUCAUCUGUGUUCUGACACUGGUACUAGAUACAGCCUCUCUGCAUCAGGUUGUUGAAAGCACUGAAGGAGGCACUGCCAUCUUGAAGUGCAGUCACAGACGUAUCAUACUUGAAGAAAAACAACAGACAGUCCACUGGAGACACAACGACACCAGGAAUGUUUUUGAUAUUAUCCGUGGAAAAGUUUCAAUAAAGGAACAGGACCCAGCAUACAAGAACAGAGCAGACGUUUUACAUGAGGAGCUUAAGGGUCAUGUCUUUCUCAAACUCACCAAUCUUCAGCUCUCUGAUGGAGGAACAUACCUCUGUUUUGUCCCAGCUUUGGGAAUUGAUCACAGUACACAACUGGUGGUCAAAGAACGGCCAUUAAUCCAGUACGCAGCAUUUCAAGUAAGCAGCCAUGGUACAGAAGCAAAGCUAGAAAGGACUCUGCUCCUCUUAAUUCCUUUAUCUGGAUUUAUUCUGCAUUUUAUCUGAACAGUCAUUUCUGGACACUCCUAUUGUCAGUCCUAUUGUCAAUACUUUUUGUAUUGUUUGUUUAUAAAUGUUGCGCUACUCAUCUUUUUCACACUAUCCACUGAAUAAUGUUGUGACGAGUGGGGCGGGGCUGAGAGCCAUGGUAAUGGAAUGAGGUCGGUGGAGUAUAAUGAUAAUGAGCGACACCUGUGCCACUUACCGUCUCGAGUCCCACUGAGGAGCUCUGGAAGGAUUAAAGGAGGAGCAACGACAGUGGAAGAUGAGAGAGGACUUUUGUGUUUAUUUUAUUAUUAAAGUGUUCGCUGGUUCCCGCCUCCUCCUUCCCGUUCUACGAACUUUGUUACAAAUGUAUUAAAAUGACAACUAAAACCAUUCUUAUUUUUUAAUAAAACACCAUUCAUUUAAAGGUGAUAUUUAGGAGCAUGUAUUACAGGAAG